AUGGGAGGACAAGAAUCAAAGUCUAGAUACGACCAAGAGGGGAGCUCGGGGCUCGGGUCGCUGUGCGUGAGGACGGAGAUGCUGGAUCAUUGCAGAUCAGGCUCGCACGGCAACUCGGAUAGGUCGAAGCAUCCUUCAGGGACCGAGAAGUUGAUUGCUUCCUUCGGCUCCCCGCUGCAUGCUGCGGCUGUGAUAGGCUAUCCUUCUGACAUCAACAUGCUGUACGAAGCUGGACAUGACCUGGAGCGCCGAGACGCUGCCGGCAGAACAGCAUGCCACUUGGCGGCUUCAUCGGGAAAACUUCAGAACCUGCAGGCAACUCGGUGUUUUCACCUCGGCGCGGACUUGCAAGCCAAGGAUCUCAAGGGGGAUACACCUUUGCAGAGAGCGACAGUAGCCAACCAGAGCAAGGUUGUGCAGUAUAUCAAAUGGAUGAUAUGGAGCCAGCAAGACAAGUUCUCUAGGGAGUCUGACAGCACCCUGCCCUUGUCAAGAGGGACGGGAAAGUUCUUGACAGAUGUCAGCAUAACAAGCGUCAAGCAUGAAGCCCACGUCACUUGCGUGCCCCCGCUGAGGUAG